AACGCGCACACACACUAAUUAACACCGUUCAUUAAUAAAAACAGCAAGCCGAACAACGACCGGACACAGACACGGACACUUGACGCUUUGCCGUCCCCGACAUCGCCGUUAUCGCCGUCAAACGCGGGCCGGUCUAAAAAAAUUACCGUGCAAACUUUCAAAGUUGGCACUGCCGAAAAAACUUUAUUGUCUAUUUUGUUGUUGUUGUCCUUUUUUAUUACUUCUUUUUCCCGUCGUCAGUUCGCGCACAUAAUUUUGGUAAUGCGAGUGCGAUGGUAUGUUUGAAUUUCGUUACGCCGCGUUUUAGUGUGAAAAUUUCUCUUUGUCCCAUAGCGCUGCUUUCGCCGUUGAAACGGGACCGUCGUCGCUGUAGCCGCUGUUGAUGCUUUUGCUGCUCUGUCCAUCGAUAAUUAUUAUCGGGACACCACACGCUCGGCGUUAGUGUGUUUUUGUGCGUGAUUUUUAAUUUUUUUUUUCGGUUUUUUUUUUACACGCGUUGGCUGGUGUGUGUAAUACAACUCGUUUUACCACCCGUGUCCGUGCUGGGUGCACACAUUUUCAGAUAGGAACGACCUGCACGUUAUGGAACAGCAACAACAGCAGCAACAGUUCUGCUUGCGAUGGAACAACCAUCAGAACACGUUGAUAUCGGUGUUCGACAGUUUGCUGGAGAGCGGCUCGUUGGUGGAUUGCGCCCUGGCCGCCGAGGGACAAUGCAUGAACGCGCACAAAGUAGUGCUUUCGGCUUGUAGUCCUUAUUUUGCCAUGCUGUUAAAUCAACAUUAUGACAAGUAUCCAGUACUUAUAUUAAAAGAUGUGACUUACCAAGAACUGAGGUCCAUGAUGGAUUACAUGUAUCGAGGUGAAGUGAACAUAACUCAAGAACAACUUGGGUCAUUUCUUAAGGCGGCCGAAUCUUUACAAAUUAAAGGACUGACAGAGAGUAGUGGGCGAUCUGAAAGAAAAACAGAUGCACGUAAGAGUAUUACUAGAAAUAGUUCACCAGGUUUGGUCAAGAAGUCUGUGACACCUAAAGUCGUUGAAAAUACAUUCGACCCUUCAAUAACCGUACCUCCAUUACCACCUGUUGUAGCAACUAUACCAAAUACAAAAAGACGUAAAUUAGUACAACCAGUGAAAAAUUUCAGUAGUCUGGUCGUUUCGCCAGUAAAUCCAAGUCGUACAAAUGCAAAUAAUUUAGAUGUAAACAAUACACCCAAUCAUACAGCACCUAGCUUAGCCGGCGAAGGAAAAGCAAACAUACCCUCUCCACCAAUCAUUCCUAAACCCGUGGUAGAGUCUGCAAGCUUAAAACUCGAAGAAGAAAAAUCUGACUCUAAUGGCUUAGUUAUAGAAGAAAAAGAUGAAAAUAAUUAUUGGCCUUCUAGCGGUUCGCUAAGUGAGGUCAAACGUGAAAAAACAGAUACUGAAGAAGAAGCCAGUGAGAGCGAUAACAAUGUUCAAAACGAUCUAUGCACGACAAGCACGACUGUUUGUACAAUGACACAACAAAUUAAUAUGAAUAAUUUUCGUCCUGAAGAAGGAAUGGAACUUACAGAAUAUGGAGGCAUGAAUAUACCACCCAACAUGCAAGAUCAAGCUUUUCCUUUGGGUUCGUUGUGGUGGAAAAAUUUUGAACAGAACUCAAAGUAUGUGCGUACCACACAAGCAAAUCCAUUCAGCUGCCAACACUGUGGAAAAAGAUAUCGAUGGAAGAGCACACUAAAACGUCAUGAAGUGUUUGAAUGUGGUGGCAAAGAGCCUGUUCAUCGUUGUCCUCAUUGUGAAUAUCGCGCCAAGCAAAGUGGUAAUCUCAGGGUGCAUAUCCGAAAGUAUCACACAGCGUUAGAAUAAGUUCCUAGAUGCGUCACAACAUCCAAUGUGAAAGUUUCAGAAGCCAAUAAGCUCUCUAACUUUUUUUAUUUUAAUUUUUUUUUAUUAUUAUUAUUAUUUUUAACAAAAUUCAUAUUUGCUCAUUGUUGUGAUUUCAUGGAAACUUCAUCGAUCAGGGUUCAGUAUUAGCUUCCAAUUUAUUAAAUGAAAUUAAUUAAUAAUUUUCCUAACUUGUUUGAACAAUUAUUUUAAGGCUCAAUAAUUUGAAUUUUUCGUUAAAAUAACAUUACAAUUGACAUUUUUUUUUUCAUUGUGUGUUGGGUGUUCAAAACGUUACAAACAUCUUGAGACUAAAAUUGUUUCCUAGACAUGGAAUUACACAUACAUUUUCUCAUUGUAUGAUCAUACAAUUCAGACAAUUUUGUGUUAUUAAUGAUGUUAUUUGCAUGUGACGAUAUGUUAAGGUUUUUUUUUUAAUUGUAGGACAGUGAGCGUAUUAUUUUAUAUAAUAUUAUUAUUAUGUAUACAGUAUUUAAGGAUUAACCGCUACACUUGUUCCUAAAAAGUAAAAUUAAUGAAAAUGAUAUAAUAUGUUGAAUAUAACUUAUACGUAUAAGUUUUCUUUAGUAUUAAUUAUUUUAUUCAUUUUAGUACUUAAGUAAUUAUUGUGUAUGAAAUUAUUUCUUACGCAUUUCCAAGCUCAUGAUAUGUUCAAUGCUAUGUGAUAAAACAUUGUUUUUUCUUUUAUUUGACAAUUUUUUUUUCAACGGGUAUACCUCACUGUGAGCUUCCAAAGUGCCUUAAACUUGUGAUUAUUAAAUUUAUACUUAAAAAACUAUUCAGUUUACUCUUACGUUCAAUGAAAUAAAAUACAAAAUAAUAAAUAGCAUAUAUAUAUUUAUAUAUUUUUUAUAAUAUAGCUAAUGUCUUCCAAAUAAUUGUUGAAUUUUCAUAUUCAUAAUUUGUUUUUUUUGUUUGUUUGUAUGCUUUGUUAUGUGUUAGAUUUAUGUAUGUACGAUGGGCCAAGCUUGCAUGUUAAGCCAUUGUAAUUUUUGUCGGAAUAAAAUCCCACUUUCUACUUACCUUUUUUAAUAUUUCCGUGAACAAAA